AUGCCAGAGCUUCACGAGCUUGAGCGCUUCAGUGCCACUUUGCGCCAACUCCCAUUGCCACCGACCUUGGAGAACCCACAGCGCUUGGAGCGUUUCAAGAUGGCUUUGUUGUCUGGGGUCGAGAGCCUGUACAGGGACCGAAAGAAGCCCUUUCUCGGAGAGUUGCAACGCCGGCUGAAGUCCUCUGAGCUUUGGUCAAACAAUGAGCUGCGUGCUGGUGCAGCGGUUUGUGCCUUGGAUGCAUCACGAUACUUUUUGGUUCCGCCCUUUGCCGGCGAGCCACCGUGUGUCCUCUUGCGCAAGCCACCACCAGGAUUUGAUGAGUGGUAUGGCAACAUGCCCACCGGGUGUAUGAUGGCAAGCUUGGAAGAGGAAGAGACAAGGAGCAAACGCAUCAGUUGCCUCAAACGAGUAUUUUCAAAAAGGUCCAAGUAA